CUCAGAGAGGCGGGGAGAUGGAGCAGGAUGGCUGCGGCUGCUCUCUGGGCCCCUGAGACACUGAGCAGAAGGGCUUGCCAAGCCGUCUACCAUGGAAAGCCUGCUGCUGCUGCUAGUCCAGCUGCUGAUGGUGGGACGCGCGUUGGCCCAGGUCGAGGGCUGUCCCUUCCACUGCGUGUGCCAGAACCUCUCUGAGUCACUCAGCACCCUGUGCGCCAACAAGGGCCUGCUCUUCAUCCCGCCCAACAUUGACCGCCGGACGGUGGAGCUGCGGCUGGCCGACAACUUCAUCCAGGUGGUGGAGCCGCCUGACUUCCUGAACAUGACAGGCCUGGUGGACCUGACCCUGUCGCGCAACACCAUUGACACCAUCCGCCCCUUUGCCUUCGGCGACCUGGAGAGCCUCCGCUCACUCCACCUGGACGGUAACCGGCUGACCCACAUCCAGGAGGAGGCCCUGCGUGGGAUGCUCAACCUCCAGCACCUCAUCCUGAACAACAACCAACUGGUGGACAUCUCGGUGGUCGCCUUCGAUGACUUCCUGAUGACCUUGGAGGACCUGGAUUUGUCCUACAACAACCUGCACCGGGUCCCCUGGGAAGGGAUCCAAGGGAUGCUCUGCCUCCACACCCUCAACUUGGACCACAACCUGAUCGACUUCAUCAUGGAAGGGGCCUUUGCCGAGCUCUACAAGCUCUCCCGCUUGGAUAUGACCUCCAACCGCCUUUACACGCUGCCCCCCGAUCCACUCUUUGCCCGCUCUCAGGUCGGGGUCAUCAGCCCGACCCCGUACACCUCCACCAUUGUGCUCAGCUUUGGCGGGAACCCCUUGCACUGCAACUGCGAGUUGCUGUGGCUGCGCCGCCUGGUGCGGGAGGACGACAUGGAGACCUGUGCCUCCCCUGCGCAGGUGGCGGGCCGCUAUUUUUGGUCGGUCCCCGAGGAGGAGUUCACCUGCGAGCCACCCCUCAUCACCCGCCACACCCACAAGCUCUGGAUCUUGGAGGGCCAACGGGCCACUCUGCGGUGCCGGGCCAUUGGGGACCCUGAGCCGGUUAUCCACUGGGUCUCCCCUGAUGACAAAAUCAUGUCCAACUCUUCCAGGACCAUGUCCUUCCGCAAUGGCACAUUGGACAUCUUGGUGACCACCAUCCGGGAUGAUGGGGCCUACACCUGCAUCGCCAUCAACGCUGCAGGGGAGUCCACGGCCACCGUGGACCUCAAAAUCAUCCCCUUGCCUCACCGGGGGAACGGCAGCAUCACUGUGCUACAGCAGGACCCGGGCUCCUCCGACAUUGCCACUUCAGCCAAGACAUCGGCCAAUGCCAGCGAGGGGGGCUUCGAGAAAAGGGUGGAGGUGUCCGACGUGACGGCCAGCUCAGCGCUGGUGCGGUGGGUGGCUGACAAGUCGGCCUACGCCGCCUGGAUGUACCAGAUCCAGUACAACUGCACCGUGGAUGACACUCUCAUUUACAGGAUCAUCCCUGCCACCAGCCGGCAUUUCCACCUCAAGCACUUGGUGCCCAGCGUGGAUUACGACCUGUGUGUCUUGGCCAUCUUUGAUGACGCGGCCACCUCCCUGGCAGCCACGCACCUUUUGGGAUGUGCCCAGUUUGCCACGCAGGAGGCCUACCCGGACUGCCACUCGCUGCACGCUCACUUCCUGGGCGGGACCCUGACGGUGAUCGUAGGGGGCAUCAUCGUGGUCACCUUGCUGGUCUUCACCGUGGUCAUGAUGGUGAAGUACAAGGUGUGCAGCAGCGCCCACGGCAGCCUGCCCAAGGUCACCAACGUCUACUCGCAGACAAAUGGCGGGCACCCCAAUGGCCUGCUCCCCCUGCGAACACCCCCCAAAGAGCGGGGCCCCAAGCACCGGCGGGUGCGGGCCAAGGCCGCUCAGCCCGAGUGCAGGACGGGAGACAGGGUGGGGGGAGCGGCGUGGGGGCCCCCCAGCGCCCCUGCCAAGACCAAGCGCAGCAACUCCCUGGACAUGGGAGACGUCUCCUCCAGCUCCUGCUACAGCUACGCCAAGCGCCUCAGCUUCAUGUGGACCAAGCGCAGCCAGUCGGUGCACGGGAUGCUGGCCCAGUGCGCGGCCUCUGAGGGCGACGGCAAGCGCCUCGGACCCUUCCUCAAUGCGGACGAGCUGGAGGAAAGCGUGGUAUAGCGUGCGCACCCCCUGGGCUGGAGGAGAGAACCCUGCGUGCGCCACAACCCCACCCUCGUGCGUCUGGCAGUGGGCAUCGGGCGGCAGUCGACACCUGGAUCACAGCUGCUGGUGGCGGGGUGUGCGUGCUUAAAGGAGAACCCCUUGUGCUGCGACUAAGGUGGGGGUGUUUUUGGCUGUGUUAACAGGCCUCGGCCUGGCUUGGGGACCGAAACAAUAGAGGCUCAAGGCUUGAGGCCAGCUCAGGAGUUCCAGCAACAACAGUCUGACUCACUGCUGGACUUUCUCCUGGGCAGUGGGGUGGGGGAGGGCGAGGUUGAUCGAAGGAGAGCUGAUGCUCCAAAUGGAGGGACCUGGCCUCAAAGGGAGGGAAUGUUGUUUUGUCCAGAUUGGCAGGAGAUGGAUUAAUCAGAGCUGAAAAUGGUGGUGUGCCCAUGUUGUGCGGUCCGGGGCACGUUAAUCAAUUGCUGUGGAUGGGGGUGU